AUGUCCGACGAAGAGGAAUAUUCUGGCUCCGAAGAGGAGGAAGUCGAAGAAGAAGUCGUAGAGACGCCCGCUCCCAAACAAGAGAGUAGACCGUCGAUCGCCAGUGAGGGUGAUCCAGAAUUCAUUAAGCGUCAAGACCAAAAGCGGUCUGAUCUAGAUGAGCAGCUGAAGGAAUACAUUAACGAAUGGCGUAAACAGAGGUCCAAGGAAGAAGAUGAGCUCAAACGUCUCAAGGAGAAGCAGGCCAAGCGCAAGGUCUCCCGCGCGGAAGAAGAGAAACGCCUCGCCCAGAAGAAGAAGGAAGAGGAAGAGAGGCGAGUCCGCGAGCUUGAGGAGAAGAAACAGCGUGACAUCGAAGAGAAGAGACAGAGGCUCGAGGAGGCCGAAAAGAAGAGGCAGGCUAUGCUUCAGGCCAUGAAGGAUGCCUCCAACAAAACCGGACCUAACUUCACCAUCCAGAAGAAGAAUGACAACUUCGGCCUUAGCAACGCCCAGCUGGAGCGCAACAAGACCAAGGAACAACUAGAAGAGGAAAAGAAAAUCUCCCUAUCCAUCCGCAUCAAGCCCCUGACCAUCGAAGGCCUGUCCGUAGACAAGCUUCGCCAAAAGGCCACCGAACUCUGGGAAUGCAUCAUCAAGCUCGAAACCGAAAAGUACGAUCUUGAGGAGAGACAAAAGAGGCAGGACUACGACUUAAAAGAGCUCAAAGAAAGACAAAAGCAACAGUUAAGGCACAAGGCUCUCAAGAAGGGUCUUGACCCCGAGGCACUCACAGGCAAGCACCCCCCUAAAAUCCAAGUCGCGUCGAAAUAUGAAAGGCGCGUUGACACACGCUCGUAUGACGACAAGAAGAAACUGUUCGAGGGUGACCUUGAAAAACUCAACAAGGACUUCAUCGAGAAGGUGUGGCAGGAGAGAGCCGACCAGUUCGGUGGCAGGCAGAAAGCGAGACUGCCGAAAUGGUUCGGUGAGAGGCCCGGCAAGAAGAAGGGCGAACUCGAAUCCCCCGAAGGCGAGGAAGACGUCAAGGCCGAGCCCGACGACGAUGAGGAACCCCAAUUCGAACCUGAACCUGAGGAGGAAGAAGUCGUGGAAGAGGAAGAGGUAGAGGAGGAAGAGGAGGAGGAGGAGGAAGAAGAGGAGGAGGAGGAGGAGGAAGAAGAGGAAUAG